AUGGACCAUGACCCCACCAUCCUCUCGAAGAGGAAGGCAGUGGCUGGGUGUGCCUGGCAGAGCCUCCUCUGCCUCCGACCCCGCAGGCAGAAGAAGAAGGUGGCUUAUUCCAUCUACAUCCACAAGCUCCUAAAUCAGACGUGGUCUACUGGAGCCUCCUGCCUGGUAGCUGCUGCCCUGGACUGGCUGGGCAGCCCCCAGCUGCUCGGGGACGUGGCGCUGGAGGCCACCCGGCUGUCCCGCUGCAGCAGAAGAAGCCACCUCAGCCACCGCGAGGUCCUGCUGGCCAUGAAGCUGGUGUUGCUGCGUGAGCUCUCCAAGCCUCCUCUGGGAUCCUCGAGCUGCUGCUGA